AUACGUGAAGCCCAUCAUGUUCAGCGCCGGCAUCGGUCAGAUGGACGCCGUGCACGCGGACAAGGGGGACCCCGAAGUCGGGAUGUGGGUCGUCAAGGUGGGAGGACCAGCCUACCGUAUCGGACUUGGCGGAGGUGCCGCGUCGUCUAGGGUAGGGGAUGCGAAGACCUCCUCCCUCGAUUUCGACGCCGUGCAGAGGGGCGACGCAGAGAUGGAAAACCGCCUCAACAGGCUCAUGAGGGCGUGUGUCGAGCUGGGGGACGACAACCCCAUCAUCUCCAUCCACGACCAGGGCGCUGGAGGAAACGGGAACGUGCUCAAGGAGAUCGUCGACCCGGCCGGCGCGACCUACGACAUACGCAAGGUGCACGUCGGAGACGACACCAUGUCCGUGCUCGAGAUCUGGGGGGCCGAGUACCAGGAGAACAACGCCCUCCUGAUCAAGCCGGAGAGCGCCGAGACGUUCCUCGCCAUGGCCAAGAGGGAGAACUGUCCGGCGUCGCUCCUGGGCAAGGUGUCCGGGGACGGGAAGGUGACCGUCAAGGACUCCCGCGACGGCAGCGUGCCGUACGACCUGCCCCUCAAGGAAGUCCUCGGCGACCUGCCUCAGAAGACCUUCACCGACGUAUCCGUGCCCAUGAAGAGCUCCCCGCUAGACGUGCCGCUGGCUCCGCCCGCACCGGCAGCAGGGAACGGCGGCAAGGGUAACCCCGCCGCCAUGGGCGCACUCGACCGCGUGCUGAGGCUGCUGCAGGUCGGCUCGAAGAGGUUCCUGACCAACAAGGUGGACCGAUCGGUGACCGGUCUCGUCGCCCAGCAGCAGUGCGUCGGCCCCCUGCAGACCCCGCUCGCCGACUGCGGGGUGGUGGCCUCCAGCCACCUCGCGACCACCGGCAUCGCCACGUCGUGCGGGGAGCAGCCGAUUAAGGGGCUGCUUGACCCCGCAGCCAUGGCCAGGCUCACGGUGGCGGAGUCUCUCACCAACAUCAUGUGGGCCAAGGCGAGUUUUUGUUUUGUGAUGCGCUUCGUUUUGUUAGUUCCGGGCAAAUUCGUUGCGGUUGCCAACGCUAUGUUGGCCGUUUUGUGCUCCCUCACCUCCCUGGGAGACAUCAAGGCCAGCGGCAACUGGAUGUGGGCUGCCAAGCUACCCGGAGAGUGCGCCAGGAUGUGGAAGGCGUGCGUGGCACUGCGCCAGGCGCUGCUAGACUGCGGCGUCGGCAUCGACGGCGGGAAGGACUCGCUGUCCAUGGCCGCCAGGUGCGGGGACGAGCUCGUCAAGUCCCCGGGGACUCUGGUCAUGACGCUGUACUGCACGUGCGACGACAUCACAAAGACCGUAACGCCGGACUUGAAGCUCAAGAGCACGGGACGGCUGGUCUACAUCGACCUGGGGGGCGGCAAGGCCAGGGUCGGCGGAAGUUGCCUCGCACAGGUUUAUGGGCAGCUGGGCGAAACGCCUCCCGACGUGGAGGACUUCAAGCCGCUGGUGGCCGCCUUCAAGGCUACUCAGGGCCUUCUCGGCAGCGACGGAGGGCUGGCGUCCCUUCUCCUGGAGAUGGCCUUCGCGGGCGAGGUCGGGUGCGGCCUUGAGGUCGACGUGCCCGCCGUGGCCGGCGGCGAGGGUGGGGUGCUGGACGCGCUCUUCAGCGAGGAGGUGGGUUUCGUGGUGGAGGUGUCCGAGGAGCGUCUGUCGGAGGUGAUGGAGGCCUACAAGACCGCCGGGAUCAACGCCGUCGACAUCGGCAGGGUCACCGACGACGGGAAGGUAACCAUAUACCCAUGCCUAUCACGGGAGCUGCUUCAAAAGUGCUGCGCGCAGCAGAUAGGUUGGGCUGAAGAAAGGGCGGCGGAGCGGUUUUCAAUGUUGUAG